AGAAUGUCACUUUCAACAAAAUGAUUAAUGCACACUCUUGAACACUUCGUAAAAACGUAGUCUUUACGAGGAAUUGCUUUUGACCAUUUUAAAAGUAGAUCUAAAGUUGAAGUGUAAAAUAGAGGAACAUUUUCCUUUUGGGACUUUUUUUCGGAUUUGUACCCUGUUUUACAAUUGGGUACACAACAAAUCGUAGGCAUGGUGAACGAAAAAUAACCCCUCAGUUACUUGCGCUUCAUCAAAACAACAAACUAAACCCACAAUAACAACAAAACACAAAACUCUGAACUUGGGCGCGUCAAGUGGCGAAUCAGACGAAUCAGGAUUCGUCUGAUUGCUCUGAUUACACUGAUUUUCCACUAGAUGGCCUGCUUGCUGUUUCUAGGUACACAGCGUUGCCAAUUUUUGUAUGGGCAGACGGAAAAAUUUAGGAAAACAAUGAGGGAACUAAUAGCGAUUCUUAGUGUGUUUUUAGAAAUGAUGAACGAAGAAGACGAUGAAAUCGAAGUGAUCGUGAAUGAAUUGUCGCCUAGUUUAGCGUUGUUUUUGGCAAUACAGAACCAUCGUCUGGGACCUACAAGUUUUGUUGGGAUUACCAAUUAUAUCCAAUAUACCGUCGAACGGUACACAGACGAAUUGUUUAAACAGCAUUUUAGGAUGUCACGAACGGCAUUCCACGUAUUACGAAUAUUAAUUGUUGUACAUCUUUCGAUGCAUUUAAGAAUUGCUGAUAUGCACAUUCAGGAACUUAUACGGCGAUUUGAAACAUUUCCAGAGGUGACUACAAAAGUAGCUUACGUCCCACCUGAUGUGAAAUUAUACUUAACAAUAUGGACACUGGGAAACCAAGAUUCAUUCCGUGCAAUUGGGGAUAGAUUUGGCAUGAUGAAAGGUAAGAAAAGGCAAAUUCAGUUGUGCAAGAAACUGCAUGUGAUAAAUUUGACGUCCUACAGGUGAUGCCCAUUUUAUAUUUCUCACCACUUGCCUGAUUAUUAAAGCUAAUUCAACUAAUUUUAUUACAUGGCCGCACCGUAACCAACUGGUGGAUGUCAGUGAGCAAUUUUCGCUUCCCUACACAAUUGCCGUCGUGGACAGCAGUUUAAUCAAAAUCUAUCAGCCAAUGCAGCAUUUCGCUGCUUACACAUGCCGAAAGAAAUUUUGUGCAGUUAUUUUGCAAGCAACUAGCACGAAAAGUUUUAAAUUCACCAGUGUUAGCACGGGCUGGCCGGGUUCCAUGCACGAUGCCCGUGUGUUUGAGAAUAGCGCAUUAGGACGACAGCUACCGCAAAUACUUGGGGGAACUGGUUAUCAUAUAUUGGGAGAUCAGGCUUAUCCGCUUUCUGAUUACCUCAUGAAAUCAUACCCAAGAACGAGGUUAACCGAAACGCGUCGCAGGUUCAACCGCACUUUGAAUAGUGACCGGGCAUGCAUAGAACGCGCAUUUGCGUUAUUAAAAAAUAAAUGGCGGAGACUAAAAUUUUUAUACAUGCUACGGCUGGACCUCAUUCCCAGCGUUAUCAUAACUGCUUGCUGUCUCCACAACUUCGUCAUCGAAAUAGAUGGAAUCGACCAGGGGCUUUUGCAAGGCGCGGAAGUUGAUGAAAACGAAGAUCACUUCUAUGAAGACAACAACAAUAGGUUGAAUGGCAAAGGAAAACGUGACCGAAUAGGGUCUAUGCUGGAAUUCUGAAGAAAAUACAUCAAUGACUCAAUAAUCUCUUUUCAUGGUUUUUUUUUGCAGCUCGACACGAGGAAUCAUUGAAAAAAAUGCAUUUAUUUUUC